AUGAGGGACGCCACUGACCUUGAUUCGGACGAAGACGUCAGCAGCGAUAAUGAAGACGUCAGCAGCGAUAAUGAAGAUGUCAGCAGCGAUAAUGAAGAUGUAAGCAGCGAUAACGAAGAUGUCAGAAGCGUUAUCGAAGACGUAAGCAGCGAUAACGAAGACGUCAACAGCGAUAACGAAGACGUCAGCAGUGAUAACGAAGACGCCAGCAGUGAUAACGAAGACGUCAGCAGUGAUAACGAAGAUGUCAGCAGUGAUAAUGAAGAUGUCAGCAGUGAUAACGAAGAUGCCAGCAGUGAUAAUGAAGAUGUCAGCAGUGAUAACGAAGAUGCCAGCAGUGAUAAUGAAGAUGUCAGCAGUGAUAACGAAGAUGCCAGCAGUGAUAAUGAAGAUGUCAGCAGUGAUAACGAAGAUGUCAGCAGUGAUAACGAAGAUGCCAGCAGUGAUAACGAAGACGUCAGCAGCGAUAACGAAGAUGUCAGAAGCGUUAUCGAAGACGUCAGCAGCGAUAACGAAGACGUCAGCAGGGAUAACGAAAAUGCCAGCAGUGAUAACGAAGACGUCAGCAGCGAUAACGAAGACGUCAGCAGCGAUAACGAAGACGUCAGCAGUGAUAACGAAGACGUCAGCAGCGAUAACGAAGACGCCAGCAGCGAUAACGAAGACGCCAGCAGCGAUAACGAAGACGUCAGCAGCGAUGACACUUUGGACUCAAAACAACAAAUGUAGAAAAUAUUUGCAAAAAAAUAAUUG